AUGGCGCUCCGCCGGACCCUCCGGCCGCACAAAGUUCGCAGGAGGCGAGAGAUGCUGCCCCAGCAAGUUGGCUUCGUGUGUGCGGUGCUGGCCCUGGUGUGCUGUGCCUCCAGCCUCUUCGGGAGUAUGGGGCACACGACAGCUUCUGCCAGCAAUGGUGUCCUACCCGAUUCGUGGAGAAAUAGAAGGCUGAUGGCAUCCAUGAACGAGACCCAGCCCGCCAAGAACUGCACAGACCCUGCCAUCCACGAGUUCCCGGCAGACCUGUUCUCCAACAAGGAGCGGCAGCACGGAGCCGUCUUGCUGCACAUUCUCGGUGCUCUGUAUAUGUUCUACGCCUUGGCCAUAGUGUGCGACGACUUCUUUGUCCCAUCCCUGGAGAAGAUCUGCGAGAGACUCCACCUGAGCGAAGAUGUGGCCGGUGCCACCUUCAUGGCUGCGGGAAGCUCCACGCCAGAGCUCUUUGCCUCCGUGAUUGGCGUGUUCAUCACCCACGGAGACGUCGGCGUGGGUACCAUCGUGGGCUCUGCCGUGUUCAACAUCCUGUGCAUCAUCGGAGUGUGUGGAUUAUUCGCGGGGCAGGUGGUCCGUCUCACGUGGUGGGCCGUGUGCCGGGACUCCGUGUACUACACCCUGUCCGUCAUUGUGCUCAUCGCGUUCAUAUAUGAUGAAGAAAUCGUGUGGUGGGAAGGCCUGGUGCUCAUCGUGCUGUAUGUGUUUUAUAUUCUGAUCAUGAAGUACAAUGUGAAGAUUCAAGCCUUUUUCACAAUCAAACAAAAGAGCAUCGCGAACGGCAACCCGGUCAACAGCGAGCUGGAGGAUGGUAAUGCUUUCUAUGACUGUGGCUGUGAUGACCCCUCCAUGCCAUUGCUGGGGCAAGUGAAGGAGAAACCACAGUACGGCAAGAGCCCAGUGGUGAUGGUGGACGAGAUCAUGAGCUCCAGUCCCCCCAAGUUCAGCUUUCCGGAAGCGGGCUUACGCAUCAUGAUCACCAACAAGUUUGGGCCCAGGACCCGCCUACGGAUGGCCAGCAGGAUCAUCAUUAAUGAGCGGCAGAGACUGAUCAACGCGGCCAACGGAGUGAGCAGCAAGCCUCUGCAGAAUGGGCGGCCCGAAAACAUGGAGAACGGCACCGUUCCCACGGACAACCCCGAAGAACCGCGCCAGGACCAGGAGCAGCCACCGCCGCCACCGCCGCCGGAGCCCCAGCCAGCUGAGGCUGUCUUCCUGUCCCCCUUCUCCGUGCCCGAGGCGAGAGGGGACAAGGCCAAGUGGGUGUUCACGUGGCCGCUCAUCUUCCUGCUGUGCAUCACCAUCCCCAACUGCAGCAAGCCCCGCUGGGAGAAGCUCUUCAUGGUCACCUUCAUCACCGCUACCCUGUGGAUCGCUGUGUUCUCCUACCUCAUGGUGUGGCUGGUCACUAUCACUGGAUACACGCUCGGGAUCCCGGACGUCAUCAUGGGCAUCACUUUCCUGGCCGCGGGGACCAGCGUUCCAGACUGCAUGGCCAGCCUGAUCGUGGCCAGGCAAGGCCUCGGUGACAUGGCGGUCUCCAACACCAUCGGGAGCAACGUCUUUGACAUCCUGGUGGGGCUUGGCAUCCCAUGGGGCCUGCAGACCAUGGUCAUUAAUUACGGGUCCACGGUGAAGAUCAAUAGCCGGGGGCUGGUCUACUCCGUGGUGCUGCUGCUGGGCUCCGUUGCGCUCACCGUCCUCGGCAUCCACCUAAACAAGUGGCGGCUGGACCGGAAGCUGGGGAUCUACGUGCUGGUCCUCUACGCCGUCUUCCUGUGCUUCUCCAUAAUGAUAGAGUUUAACGUCUUCACCUUCGUCAACUUGCCCAUGUGCAGGGAAGACGACUAGAGCCGAGCCGCUGCUCCGGGAGCUGUUCGGGCCGCCCCGUUGCUGCUGGCGUCCUCCUCUCUCUCUCCCUCCCCCCGCAAGGGUCUCUCCUGCACCAGCAGCCACUGUCUGUUCUUUCGCGCACAGGAAGCAAGAACCACCAGGGUCCUUGCUGCCAGGAGUCCCGCUGCUUGGAGUCGGGCCCCGGAAGGCAGGACUCGGGGGCUGUUACUGGAGCAGCUUUGCAGACGCCCGAGCUGCCAGCUACGGAUCUGCCAGGGGUCCCUGCUCUCUCCUGCACGCUGUGGUCGGGACUUGUGCGUGCAGUUUGUCUUCUUGGUUCACCGGCAUCCUUGGAAAGGAGGCGGUCAGUGAGCGUGAGGUCUCCUGGGGCAGGUGCAACUUAAGAAUGUGGUUCCCACGCAUCACCUCUGGGCCAGAGGGGUGAGUUCCUUGGGCAGCACGUGCCACCAAGGGCCUCCGGCUUCUGCAGAGAGCACUCGCGGCUGGAGAGGGCAUGGCCUGCACCUGCUGGGGCUGAGGGGCUGCUGGAGACUGGUGGCAGACGCUCCACCCCUUUUUCUGAAACACUGGAAGGAUGGAAACAGUUUCUCACGGCAGAUGAGCGAAUGCG